GCCAACGGCACGCCGAGCGCUGCCGUGGCGCUACGUAACCGGUAACCGGCAACCCACGGCAACCCACGGCAAACCACGGCAACCCGCGACCAGUCAUACAGACUUGACAGUUGACACUACCAGUCGCUGUAGCAUUUAGUCCUAAUAACCGGAGGAUACGGUGCGUUCACUAUUUAGAACAUUUCGUUACCGCAACCUUGACGGCUUCAUUCACUGUCGUUUCUUAUUGUUUCGCUAAUUGGUGAUAAUUUUCAUAUGAUCUAGAGUCGCACGCGAUUAAUGACUUAUGUACGUUUUGUAUGGUUCUCAUGUAUGUAAUGCCCAAAGAUUUAGGAAAAAUCAACAACAGGUGCUUCGCAAUGCUAUGUAGUGCUAUGUAAUAUAGCGUUCGACUUUCAACGUGCCUGGUGGAGAUGAUAUACGCCGGUCCCUUAAGAAAAUGCAGGUGGGGACGAUGAGGGAACAGGAAGGCGACGGCCCAGAGAGCCGUUAGCCGGACUCGAUGGACGAGUAUGGCGGGCCGGCGGCGCCGCCCCGGCCGCCCAAGCCGGCGGCGCGCGUGCACGGCGCGGGCGCGACCGGCGGCGCGGGCGCCCGCCUGCCCGCCGUGUCGCUGCUGCGGCCGCGCCCCGAGACGGAGCGCGAGCGCAACGCGUACGUGGAGGCGCCGCGCCGCGCGCCGCCCGCGCCGCCGCACCGCCACGCCGCCGCGCAGCCGCUCAAGCCGGUGACGGCGCAGCCGGGCGGCGACAAGCGGCGCGCGCCGGCCGCCGAGUCGAUCGUGUGCUCGGCGUGCGGGCGCUGCCGCUGCUCGCAGUGCGCGCGGCCGCGCCCGCUGCCGUCGCACUGGCUGUGCGGCUCGUGCCUGUGCAGCGCGGAGGCGUGCGUGGACUACGCGUCGUGCAUGUGCUGCGCCAAGGCGCUGUUCUACCACUGCGGGAGCGGCGAGGAGGAGCCCAGCGAGCCGUGCGCGUGCGGGCCGCGGCUGGCGUGCGUGGCGGCGCUGGCCGUGCCGCUGCCGUGCCUGUGGCUGUACUGGCCGCUGCGCGCGUGCGCGGCGGCGGGCGCGGCGGCGUACGCGCGCUGCCGCCGCGCGGGCUGCCGCUGCCCGGAGCCGUCGACGCUCUCCAGUAUUAUCUAGUCGCCGCGCGGGCCCGUUGUACAAAUAUUUAUUGGCGAGCGAGGCGGCGCGGAGUGCGGGCCGCGGGACAGCAGUGCAGAGUGCUCGUGUCGUGUAUAUAGUCGUGUAGUGUGAAUGUACGUGAACGUGUCGCCCGAACGCAGUCUCAAAUUUUCUUGAGAUCGAAACGUGUCAUAAGAAAACGCAAACAUUUAGUAUUUUGGAUUCCACACAAAUCCAAGGAAGAAGAUUAAGAAAUGAAUGAGAUAUAAAACUUACUUAUUAAGAUGUAGAUAAUUUACCAUUUAUUUAUUAACUGAAUUUGUAUUUAUUUGUAAAUAAAACGACAUUAUAUUAUAAAUACGAAUGUUUACUACAA